AUGUUCAAGGUCCGCAUGGCCGAGUAUCGCCAGCGUCGCCGGGCGAUCCAGCAGCGUUACAAGCAGAGGAUGGUCGAGAAGACCGUCGUUCUGGAGGAAGACGUAGUGCGACUACGCAAGGAGAUCCAGCAGCUCGAGCGGAAGCAGUCCAACGUCGACAAGGGUGUGGUCAUGAAGACGGAAGAGCCGGCGAUCCCGGACAACGCGAAUGUCCACAGGCGGUUCCUUCAGGCUGCAAUGGAGCCGGACGUCAUCUUCAACGGAGGAUGCGGCGUCGAGGCGGCGCUGGAGAACUGGCGACUUGUUUCGCUGCAUCACGAAGUGAUGGACAUCCAACUUGUGCGUGUGGAGGAGGGCCUGAGGGCUCGAUCGUCGCCACCAUCAGCGGACGCACGACCACUGUAA